AUGCAGCCACCAUUACCACAAGAUUACUUUGGUAAUGCCAAUCUACGCCAAGCAGCAACAACCACAGCAGGAGAGUUGCUCUCAAACCCCUUGGCUUAUGCUUCGAGUAAGAUACGUGAAGCAGUUGAAAGUGUAACAGAUGAAUAUGUAAGAUCUUAUCUUGCACUGAUCAAGAAUCUACCAAACGUCGCUAUACAUCGUAAUUUUCACACAGUAGGUUGUGCACUGGGGGGUUUCUUCGGAAACCCUAAUAUGGAAAUCACAAGCUGGACUGCUAUGUCGAUAUAUGAUGCUGAUUUUGGGUUGGGAAAUGUAAUUCACAUGGGCCCUGCAACAAUGGGUUUCGAUGGGAAAUCUUUCAUCAUACCAGGAAGAGAUGGAUCAUUUACUGCUGCAUUGUGCUUGCAGACGGAGCAUAUCGACACUUUCAAGAAGUUAUUCUAUGAAGAAAUAUGA